AUGAUAAAAAAGCUUUUGAGUAUUCCAAAGUGGAAAUUCUUUGCUGGAGCAUCAUUUGCCUUAAUUGGCUAACAUAUUUAUGAUUGUUUAUAUAAUACAGAAAUUGAAGUCUUUUAUUAGAACACAACUUGUAAUAAAGACCUUCUAUCGAAAUGUCCAAACAUUAGAGUAAUGAAAAUUAACAACUAUAGGGACAUUUCAAUCCAAGCAUUUGGAGCAUGAACAAUAUCUUUGGAUUGUUCUAUGUUACAUUAGUUGAACAUUAAAUGGUGCCUUUAUAAAAAAGAGAAAUGGUGACUCUGAAAGACGGAGGUCAAGUGGCAUUGGAUUGGAAAAUCAACGAUCCCAAGAAUGUCGUGUUGGUUUUACACGGAUUGACAGGUGGCGGAGAUUGCAAUUAUAUCAAAGAUACAUUAGAGAGACUCUAUAAUGCUGGUUAUACAGCGGUCUGCUUCAACAAUCGCGGAGUGGGAUUCACAAAAUUAUCUGUAUUAUAUAAACUAUAAAGACACCUUAAUAUCAUAAUCACGGAGACCCAUCUGAUAUGAUGGAAAUUAUUGAUUUGAUAAAGCAGAGAUAUCCCGAAGCAACAUUAUAGUGUGUAGCCAUAUCAAUAGGUGCUAAUUUAGCAGCCAAAUAUGCAGGAAUCACAAAAGAGAAAUGUGCCUUCAAGUCUAUUGUAUGCAUUGCCAACCCAUUUGAUUUAUUGGUGUAUUCUAGUCUUCUAUAUAUUAGGCCUGUUUUGAAAAUUUGGACAGAUGGUACAACUAUUUAUAUAUCUAUUAUCUCACUAAGCAUUUCAAAUGGUUGCUCAAUAAACAUUUAGAUGUAAUGAACGCAUGCUUCGAUGAACACAAUAUUGACAUUAAAAAAGUAUUGGAAGCUAAAACUCCUUAUGAAUUUGAUCAUUAUUUUACAAGACAAUUGUAAAAAUUUGAAUCAGUCGAACAGAUGUAUCGGGUAUUGCUCAAACUUAAACCAAGGCUAAUUCUUCAAUUAAUUACAUCAAAGACAUUACAGUUCCCACUUUGUUUAUUAACACCAAAAAUGACCCAUUAAUACCUUGGAAAUUUGUACCAAUUCAAUUACACAGACACAUGCCAAAUUUGAUAUUUGCUUUAACUCAAAAGGGAGGUCACAUAGAAUGGUAUAGUGAAACUAACUUAGUUACUGUUAAAAGGGUAAGAAGAAUUGUUAAUCAUAUAAUAGUGGAUUAUGGAUCCCACUUUAGACUACUUAAAUUAUUUCAGAGACCUACCAAUAGAUAAAUGGUAGUAGUAUAUACAACAACCUAAAAUUUGAU